AUGAAGAAGAAGAUCGAACACGGUACAGGCAGUCGAGAAGCUAAAUAUGUUGCUGCAAAGUCUGAUAUCAACAAUCGCAGGACGUUGUGUCUGCUGCUGACAUAUGCCUUCAUGCUGUACGGUGCGCCUUCGCACCGUAUAGAGGAGUAUAUCCUGCAGUUAUUCAAGGUCUGUGAUCUCGAUGGGCGCAUCAAUUAUCUGGUCGGCUGUACAGAAGUGUGCUUCAUCAAUCCGCCGGAUCAUAACGACCCACUGACCCGCCAAUCAUACACUACUCUUGUGAAAGCUCAAGGUCUUGACGUUGGUUGUCUCGAAGAAGCAUUCAAGAUAUACAAGAAGGUGGUUCGCCAAGAGAUUAAUGUGGAAGAAGCCACAACAGAACUCAUGGAUGUCCUGAAUGGGCCCCCUUACUACAGGCCGUGGUGGAUUGUCCCAUUCUACGGUCUCGCCUCCAUGUCGGCUUGUGUAUGGGCCUAUAAUGGAUAUUGGACGGACAUGCCCGUUGCCCUUGUUCUUGGCUCAAUUGUCGGCUUUCUGCAAGUCAUUGCAGCUGCUCGCAACCCACUCUACGCCAAUGUGCUUGAGGUAUCGGCUGCACUGGUCACAUCUUUUGCUGCCCGCGCCAUUGCAUCCAUCGGUGGCGGGGGCUCGCAAAAGUACUUUUGUUUCGGUGCAAUCGCUGAGUCGUCUAUCACUAUGAUCCUCCCUGGCUACAUUGUGCUCUGCGGCGCCCUCGAACUUCAAGCCAAGUCGCUCACCGCCGGUGCUACCCGACUCUUCUACGCUGUCAUAUACUCGCUCUUCCUAGGGUACGGUAUCAAUGUCGGCUCUCAGCUCUGGGGUUCAGCCGAUGCCCACGCCACAACAAGUGCCACUUGCCCACGAUCUGUGGACCCGAAAUGGAAAAUUGUGCUUGUGCCGUUCUUCAUAGCUAUGCAGGCCGUUGUACUGCGCUCCCGCCCGCGUCAAAUACCCGUCCAGAUGAUUUUCGGCAGCGCCGCGUAUCUCGUCAACUACUUUGUUGCUGCAAAUGCAACCUCGCAAGUCGCAAAUACUGCAUCAGCACUGACACUAGGCAUGUUGGGUCACUUGUACGCGCGCUCGCGGCGCGCAUUUGCAUUUGCGUCCGUCGUCGCCGGUAUUAUGGUCCUGGUGCCCUCAGGACUGAGCGCACAAGGUGGCUUGAUUGCGGGCAUUGAGACGCCACUCUUCAACAACGGUACGCUGGAGGCGCAGACUGUGUACGAGCAGAACCUGUACAGAAGCUUCAGUGUGGGUGCACAGAUGAUCCAGGUUGCUGUUGGCCUGAGUGUGGGCUUGUUUGUUAGUGCGCUGUUAGUAUAUCCGUUCGGGCGGAAGAAUAAUGCCCUGUUUAGCUUUUAG